CCAGGGGAGGCACCAGGAUGGGCAGAGGCAUGGAGCAGCUCUGCUGGGAGGAAAGGCUGGGACAGCUGGGGCUGUGAGAAGGGGGUGUGGAGACCUCACAGCUCCUUCCAGGGCCUGAAGGGGCUACAAGAAAAUUUGAGAGGGAUUUCAUCGGGAACUGGAGGGCCAGGACAAGGGGGAAUGGCUUCCCACUGCCAGAGGCAGGGAUGGAUGGGGUAUUGGGAAGGAAUUGUUCCCUGGCAGGGUGGGCAGGCCCUGGCACAGGGUGCCCAGUAGAGCUGUGGCUGCCCCUGGAUCCCUGGCAGUGCCCAAGGCCAGGCUGGACAGGGCUUGAUGCCACCUGGGAUGGUGGAAGGUGUCCCUGCCAUGGCAGGGGAUAGGAAUGGAUGGGCUUUGAGAUCUCUUCCAGCCCAAACUGUUCUGGGAUCAAAAUCUCCUGGUAAGCUUUAGGGAACUAAGGCCAAAGCAGCAGGAAGGGGAGUAGGUGGGGGAGCAACCUCAUGAGGUGAAAUUUUAAAUCAUCUGGCAGAUUACUCCAUGUUUGGGAGGAGCAAAACCAAAGACUGUAAUUCAGUGAACACUGAAGCACUGGAAAUAUGAGGGAGGGAAGAAUUUACUUUUCUAAAAUAAAUUAAUUUUAAAUUUGUGAAUCCCCCAAGCCCAAAAGCUCAUCCAGUGAGUUACUGCUCCUUAGCCCACUGUCCUUUGCAUCCCUCAUCCUCUAUUGGCUUUUGGAUUCCCGGGUGGAUUUUUCUGCCCCCUCUGAGCACUGGAGCUAGAUAGGAUAUCUUGGGUCAUCUCUUGGCCUGCAAGUGUUGUUUGCACUUGCCUGAAGAAGGUGAUACCCCAUAGUGCAAGGUCUGUGGUGUGCAAUCCAUGGCAGGAGGUGGAACAGCCUUCCCAGUUCUAGGGUCUGGAUAAAGGACUGCAAGCUCAGGAUGCUGGGGCCUGUGUAAAUACCCUGGGCUGGGUUUCAUUGUAGCAUGUGUGCCUGUUCUUUUGGAUGGGGGUGAAGAAAUCAGUCUGAUGCUUGGUUUAAAAAGAUGGUGCUGUGCAGCUGCCAGGGAAAUGCACGAUGCAAGGAUGCUUGGAGUCUCCCUCUGUUGUGUCACCUGGGUGGUUAGGCCAGGCCUGCGUGGUUAGACAGUGCCUGAGCCUUGCAAGGAGGAAAAGGGAAGGUGAAUUGAUCCCCCCAGUAACUGGGAGGGAGGAUGGGUUCCACAGCUGCUCCCAAGCCGUAGGUAGCGACAGAAGAACAAAGCGCCCGUGUGAGGAGCUGGCAGCCAACAGUGCUGCAGCUCUGUCCCCAAAAGGGGAGUGUCCCCAUGGGAUUGGCAGCCCACAGAAUUAUUUUCUAAGCUCUCUAAAGAUAUGGCAUCGUCACAUCACUUCCCCAGCACUGUAGGCUCUCAAAAGCAGGAGAUAAAAGAGGAAUAAUACACUUUAUCAUGUGCUGGAGGACAAAUUUGGACAUGCUUUGCUGUUGAGGAGAGAUGGAAGGGAAACAAGGACAGGGAUACACUGCUUUGCUGAUCUGCUGUGGCUCCUGGACUGUCUGUCUGGGUGGUCCUGGGGUUUUUAUGGAGGUUGUGUGUGCUGGGAGAAGCAGAAUAUCUUCAGGAGUGGCCCUCACACCUGAGUGAGAAGCAACAGGAGCUGAAAGAUUACGUGGGAGGAAAGUUCUGCUUGAGUCACUCAACAAGAACGAGCAGUCGGCCAAUGGCCAAUCCCAGCCCAGGGAACCCACAAAGCCUCAGUUCAGGAAAAUGAGUGGAGACUUCCCAUCAGCCAAUGGAGAGGCUGGGGGGGAGGCCCCCAAGGGCUACACUCAGGACCAGCUGGAUGCGGUGAAGAGGGUAAAGCAGUGCAAAGAUUACUACGAAAUUCUGGGAGUCAACAGAGAAGCUUCAGAUGAGGACCUGAAAAAGGCCUACAGGAAACUGGCCCUGAAGUUCCACCCAGACAAGAACCACGCACCAGGGGCCACGGAGGCAUUCAAAGCCAUCGGGAACGCGUACGCCGUGCUCAGCAACCCCGAGAAGAGGAAGCAGUACGACCAGUUCGGGGACGAGAAACUCAACCCCGCCCGCCACGGCCACAGCCACGCCGACUUCCACCGCGGCUUCGAGGCCGACAUCUCCCCCGAGGACCUCUUCAACAUGUUCUUUGGGGGUGGCUUUCCUUCUAGUAAUGUGCACGUGUACAGCAAUGGCAGGAUGAGGUACACCUACCACCAGAGGCAGGACAGGCGGGAGCACCAGGGGGAUGGCGGCCUGGGGCUGUUUGUCCAGCUGAUGCCCAUCCUCAUCCUGAUCAUCGUGUCAGCUCUCAGCCAGAUGAUGGUCUCCAGCCCACCCUACAGUUUGAGCCACAGGCUGUCUGUGGGUCACACACACAGGAGGGUCACAGAGCACUUGAAAGUCCCCUACUACGUGUCCGAGAACUUUGCUGAGGAAUACACGGGCACGAACCUGAAGAACGUGGAGCGGAGCGUGGAGGACGACUACAUAGCAAACCUUCGGAACAACUGCUGGAGAGAGAAGCAGCAGAAGGAAGGCUUGUUGUACCGGGCACGCUACUUCGGGGACUCGGAACUGUACCAGCGGGCACAGAAGAUGGGCACCCCCAGCUGUAGCAGACUGUCAGACGUCCAGGCCUCCCUGCACGGAUAGUCCCAGCCCAAGUACGAGCCGGGAGCAGGGAACCCUAGUGCUUUUAUCACUGAAAUCCCUGAUUGAGACACAGCCCUCCAGGAGUCUCCUCGGGGUGCACGCGUGCAGCCUCCCCUCCGACGGCGCUCCCUCGUUAAUCAGGAAUUGAUUGGGUUUAGUUUGCAUGUCGGCACCCUCGGCUCUCUCCAGGCUCCCUGUUUUCUCUGGCCUCUAGGAACAGGGCAGAAUCCCUUGGUGAGGUUGGAGGUUUCUUAGGUGCUGUGGCAUCCAGCCCCCACAUUUUAAGGAGCCUUUGGUUUGGGUUGCUUUGUUGUCUGUUUUGCUGGGAAAGCUGCUAUCCCUGGCACAUGAAGCAGCCUGGUGACAGGGAAUGGAGUCCCACCCAACAGAUGUUCCUUGUCCCCCCUCCCGUUGCCUUCCCACUCAAAGAGAACAAAGCGAAUGUUCCCAGCAGGUUGUAGAAGUAACUUACUGGGUUAAACUGGCAAUCAAAGUAAAAGCAGCUGGGGGGGAGGUCUGGAAGAUUUGGGGGUUGGAGAGCUUGGAUUAAGGAGAGCCCAGAUAACACAUGAGACCGGACAUGCUGGGAGAACUGCACCAAAAUAAUGGAAAAAAUUGCCACAGGGUUUGGAGUCCUUUUUCUACAAAAAUUUUUGGCCUGAUUUUGCCUACCAGGUACUGCUGGGCUGCCUAUGAAAUGUGCAGAUCCCACUACCCCAAAAUUAUCUGAGCACAGGAUUUCUAUAGAAAAACUCCUGGGUGAAGCUUGUUCCAGGUGUUGUAUGGACACCGUUCCGGCUCACAGGGACUCCUUGAGGAUGUUGGCCGUUGAGCUGCUUGAUUUGCACUUUUGGGGGUUGUUUUCCUCGGCAUCUGAAAGUUUGGCCUUUAAAGCAAAUCCUCUGGGGCACAUUGGGCUUUUUUUUUGGGUGUAUCCUGGUUUUGGAUCCAUUCUUACCUCGAUCCUCCCGCUCUCUCGUUUGGAUGACUGCGCCUCUUCUGGUGUUAAUUACCUGCUUUUCUUUAAUUCCCUCCCUGCACCCGUGGUCUGGAAAGAGCCUGGAAAAGCUGCUGCCUGUGCUGUGGGGUGGGGAAGCAAGGGGGAGUCACAGAUUGGCCGGAGUCUGACACCGCUGCUGCUUUGUUCCCAGAGCGUUGAAACGCCUGAAGACUUUGGGGAAGUGCACUGAGCCGAGGUGGCAACUUUGCUAUUUAAAAAAGAAUCAAACCUUAUCUUAAAAAUGGAAUUGGAGAAUUAGCAACGCACAACUGCCCCUCUUUCUUCUCUCUGCCUCUCUGAGGAUCGCAGGCAGCGCUUGGGACAGGAAAUCCAGCUCUCUGUCUUCCUCCUCCCCUUCCAACACCACUGGCAUGCUCCCAGGAUCCCACAAGGAUCCCACAAGGAUCCCACAGCCCCUGGAACAGACACACAGAGUGUAAAAUAACCCAAACUAACUACAGAAGCCGUGAAGCAGAAGGAGACCCUUCGCCGCUGCUGAUGGAGAGAGAAGUGGGAUUUUGUUGAUAAAGGAAGACACUAAAGAAAAAGAAAAUAUAAUCUAUUUAGCAUUAAUUUAUAGCUGUAUAUAUGUUGUACUUUUAAACUAUGCAGGGGUUGAAUGAUUAAAUUAUUCUGGUUUCUGCCCAUUUUGGGGAGCAGGGCAGCAGGAAGCCUCUUCCCAGGGUGUCUCUGUCCGCAGCACUUUCCUGCCUGGAACGCAGGAAUCCCUUUGCAGUUGCUGUCCUUUGCUCCUGAGAGGACAUCCUGUGGAUGGGGACAGCCAUACACCUGCUCUUGGGUUCUGAUAAAACCAAAUCCUGGACGUGCAGGGCGUCACAGAGAGAGGGGAGCCCGUCCAGAGCCGUGGAUUUGCAGCGUCGGCCGGAGCCGCGGGGUCAGCUGAGCGCCGGCGUGGCGCUCGCCGUGGGAAGGAUUGUCCCGGAUGGAUUUUGCUCGUCAGUCUUUGGUUAAUUUGUGCAUGUAACUCCUUUUUCUGCCGAGUCCGCUCGAAUUCUGCCUGGUAAUCAGCGUGCUCCGUGCAGAGAGGGCUUUCCAACAGCCCUUUGUUGGGAGGUUUUGUGCUCGGGUUCCUCCCCCCCGGGCACCCACCGGCGCUCCCGGGUGCAGCCUGGCCCUGGCCUUCACACCCCAUCCCGUGUUUCCUGCAGGACACCUGGAAAAUGCCACAAAUCCAUAAGGAACAAAGUAUUCUCUUGGAAGAAGUUCUGCUGGGGGAGAUCAGGGGGUGUGUGAUCUGCCCUGUGCCUGCCCUGAGGCUGCUCCGGGUGAGGAGCCAUCUCUUGGAAGCAAAGCCAGCACGAGCAGAGCCACCUCCCAUGGAAUAAACUGGAUUAUUUAAUUUUUUUUUCUUCGCUCAUUUGUGUCUAAAGACAUUUCCAGUGAAAACCAUCCCCUGGCAUAGUCAGGGCGGUGAACUGGGAGCACGGCAGCUCCUGGGUGGGCUGGCAGAGGUGGUUUUAUCCCGUUGUCCUUAGGAAUCCAUGCGCUCUGUCUUGGCUGUUUAUUUAUUUUGUGAAAUCUCAGCCUCCCGUUGGCUGCAGGCCCUGUUAUCCCACAGCCACCACGGCUUGGACCUGAUUUUAAGGGGUUUUAUUAUUUCUUUUUUUUUUAAUGGUUCCUCCACCUUCAGAAGAAAUUGGGUGGAAGUUCAGGAUUGGAAAUGGCGCUCGAUAGAGGCACAGGGAUGAUGGGGACGGGGUUAAACCAAAAUCCUGCUCACAGAAGGAGCUGGAUGUGUUGCCCAGUGGCAUUCCCUGGCCAGAGCCUGCCUGCCAAAACCUUCAGGUUAUUUUUCCUGGUAGAUACCCAUGGAUCAUAAGGAGGGAGAAGGCAUCGAUCCCAGUGGAUGCUCACAGAGGCUGUAUCUCUCGAUUUAGAGUUAAUUAUACAAUUGUACAUCUAUAAAUAAAUGUUUAUAAUGUGAAAGGCUC